AUGACCGAUCUUACCAUUUCAAAAUCAGUAACUGAAUAUGGUUGUACCAAAUGCGCAGACAAACUUCAUCAGUAUAUAUGUGAUCAUUCACUACGUCUGUCUGAAGCACAAAAGUGGUUAUUACAAGAGAGUAGAAAACAUCCACUUUCAACAAUGCUUUUCUCCAGUAUAGAAAUGCAACUUCUAUCGAAUUUGUGUUAUGCGAUUAAUGCUAGAAAGACACUUGAUGUUGGAGUUUAUACUGGAUAUAGUGCAUUGUCUAUCGCAGAAGUAUUGCCAUCAGAUGGACGUGUAGUAGCCUUGGAUAAAACGGAUGAAUAUUUGAAAGACUAUUGUUUACCAGCAUGGAAGAAGGCAGGUGUAGAAUCGAAAAUUGACUUCCGACUUGGUCCAGCUCUUCAAACACUACAAGAUUUAAUUGAUAAUGGAGAGAGUGAAACAUUCGACUUUGCCCUGAUCGAUUUAGAUCAACGGAACUACUGUAAAUAUUACGAAUUGUGUUUAAAACUAGUUCGAUCUCGUGGAAUCAUCGCCAUUGACAAUGUUCUAUGGAGUCUGUGUGUGCUCGACGAGAGUGAUAACAGUCCUGCAACUGUCGGCAUAAGAGAAAUGAAUGCAUUGAUAGCAAGAGACAACUCUGUUCGAGUUUCUCUAUUAAGAACUGGAGAUGGAUUGACAAUUGUCGUGAAAAAUUGAUUUUUGUUAUGACUGUUUUCAAAAUGGUUACAUCGAUAGUAACACACAUACAUUUGAUUGAUAAGCCGAAUUGCUUUGAUUGCUAUCACACAUAAAUAUUUCCCAUUACCAUGUUGUCAUUUUCAAUCAUCAUUGUAUAUGUAUGUUAUUGCAAUAAAAAUA